CAAGCUUCCUACACCUACAGUUUAGCCUGCUCACUUGCCUGCCUGCCUGCCUGUUCUUUUUACUGUAAAAUUGAUUCCUUUUUUUCCAAGCCUCUCCUACACCUUCUUUUGCUAUUUGGCUGCAUUGUUAGUCACUUUUACUUCUUCAAAAGCGAAGAAAGCUUGUCGUAAUGGACAGGGUAAGAGAUCUGGCGUCGAAGAAGGCUGCUGUGAUAUUCACUAAGAGCUCAUGUUGCAUGUGCUAUAGCAUCAAGACACUUUUUUAUGAGCUUGGUGCUAGCCCUGCAAUUCAUGAGCUUGACCACGAUCCUAGUGGGAGAGAUAUGGAAUGGGCUCUACGAGGGCUGGGGUGUGAUCCCUCGGUCCCAGCUGUGUUCAUAGGUGGAAGAUUUAUAGGCUCAGCAAAAGAUGUCAUAUCCCUUCAUGUAGAUGGAUCACUGAAACAAAUGCUCAUAGAUGCAAAAGCCAUCUGGUUCUAGAAAUGAUAAAAUCAACUGACCUACUCAAUUGGCAAAGUUAGUAGUACUGUGAAAAUAAAUUUAUAAUACCUUGUUGAAAGAGAAAAUGUUGUACUAGGGGCUUUGCUUUUUCUUGAGUUCCUUGAAUACAUUGUAUGAAAACAUGACACUU